GUAAAUAAAACUGGAAUUAAAUGAAUAAUUUCAUAAUAAAACUAUAAUUUGAAGUACGUGUAAUAAAAUAAAUCAAUUAGUUUUGGAAAUUCAUAUAAAUUCUCAUGUGCUUCGUGCGGCCAAACUACGAAUUAAGAACCCAUCUCAAGUUGAUCCCGCUUCUGUUUACACCUAUCAGUUUGACACCGAUCAGCUGUUUUUGUGUGAUUACCCCGAUUGCCAGUGGAACAAUGUUUUGAUCAAACCACGCCAAACCCGAAUUAUGUGCAACAGGAAAUCAUGUGUUUGGAAGCCGUUUUAACGUGCCUCUCGCGAUGGAGACUGUGGAUCAGGCCGUUGGCGAUUUUAUGUUAUGCGAUCGCCGCCUUAGUUUUCGUGCCGUUGUUCCUUGUGCGAUCGCUGGAGGACGGUUUCAACAAGCACGACCAGGAAAUAUUGGUCGCCGGGAUUUUCGUUUGGGUCGCCAUUCCGAUUUCCCUAUGGGAAAUCAUUCAACAUGUCAUUCAUUACACUCAGCCCAAGCUGCAAAAACAUGUUAUCAGAGUUUUGUGGAUGGUUCCAAUAUACGCAAUUAACGCAUGGUUGGGUCUGAUUUAUCCUAAACAGUCAGUUUAUGUGGACAGUAUAAGAGAAUGUUAUGAAGCUUAUGUGAUUUAUAAUUUCAUGAGAUAUUUACUGAACUACCUCAACAUGGAAAUGGAUUUGGAGGCGAGUUUAGAACUCAAACCUCAAGUCAAACACAUUUUUCCAUUGUGUUGUUUGCCUGAUUGGGAAAUGGGAAGGGAGUUUGUCCAUAUUUGCAAACAUGGAAUUCUACAGUACACAGUUGUCAGACCACUCACGACAGCUAUAUCAUUUAUUUGUAAAACACUGGAUGUUUACGGAGACGGACAAUUUAAAGGGAACGUCGCUUUUCCGUAUUUAAUAGCUGUGAACAAUUUAUCCCAGUUCGUCGCCAUGUAUUGUUUAGUUAUGUUCUACAAAGCCAAUUUGGCCGAAUUGAGACCUAUGAAACCUUUACCCAAAUUUUUAUGUAUUAAAGCCGUGGUUUUCUUCUCAUUUUUCCAAGGAGUUAUAAUCGAUUUUAUGGUUUAUUCCGGAAUUAUUAGUCCCAGUACUCAUACAACAGAUGAUGGUCUAAGUCUAUCUACUAGACUACAAGAUUUUCUAAUUUGUAUUGAAAUGUGUUUGGCGGCGAUCGCUCACCAUUACAGUUUUUCAUACGAACCUUACGCAAGACCCGAUUACACAAACCAGAACUGUUGUCAGGCGUUUUUGGCGAUGUGGGACGUGAGCGACGUUCAAAGAGACAUUUCCGAACAUAUAGGAAUAGUCAGUAGUUCAAUAAGUAGAAGGAUCCGUGGUAGAAGCAUGUAUUCAAUACCGAGGGGCAAUGACGAAUAUUCGAACCUGGUUUCGCCUAGAGCCGCGAUGAGUAUGCCGGAUCCUGGAUUUUAUCAAAACGACUGUGACGAACUGAUUGUCAAUUAUGGAACGGUCAAUCCCAAACAACAAACCAAAGCACAAAAUCCCCGGGUCGAAGAUUGAGAUGAAAUUGGAAAAAAUCAGCUUCUCACUGUGAAUCUCUUUGAUUUGGGUGCGAUAAAUUCAAUAUCAAAUUAUAAAAUAGUCGAUUGGAAGUGAUAAUUAAGAGCACUAGUCAUAGUAUAUAUAUAUAGAUGACAUUUGUCUGUUCACAGGAAGUUAUAUAUAAUAUUUGUUUUAGUACUUUUAAGUACUUAUAAUGUAUAUACAUUUAUUGUAUCUUUUUGUAUUUUUAUAUAUAUAUACAUAUUUUAUUUUUUAAAGUUCAUUAUAUUUUAAGGAUAUGUGUAUAUAUUUAGUUUAUUAUAGUUGUAGGAACUAAAAUAUAUAAUAAAGGCUUGUUAUUUUUU